AUGGCGCCGAUGUCACAGGAGGACCUUGAGUGGUUCAAGUCCACGUUUCACCCGAUCCCCAGACCGCAGCUCCCGGAGGAUGCCAUUGAAUACUCGCUCUAUCUUAUUCCUUCUGACCCCGCCCCCGCGGUGACGGACGCAGUCGCCGAGACACGAGCACGGCUACAAGAAGUUCAAAAAAGCGCUUCAGAGCUCUCGAAAAAAUGGUUGAAAGGUUACAUCUGGCAACGGGAGGGCUUUGGGCUCGAGAUUACCAAAGAAAAUGGAAUCACUCUCCUAAGAGGAAGGACGAAUUAUGGAGAUUCCAUCGAGGAUGAGUGGGUAAUUGUGUACUUGUUGCGGGAGUUGACAAAGAAGCACAAAGACCUGUGGGUGAAAGUCAUUGAUAGUGAUGGCGAAUUUCUCUUGAUAGAAGCGGCAGAGAGCUUGCCAUCUUGGUUGGAACCUGACGUUGCGGACAACAGAGUAUGGAUCCACGAUGGGCAACUUGUUAUUAUCAAGCCGAAACACGACAGAAAGAAAGUGACAGAGAAGAUUUCGGUAGAGGACGCCAGGAAGAUCAUCGUAGAGGAACCCAAGCGCCUUAUGCGCUCCGCUAAGAUUGAAGAGGAGGCUUUCUACCGCCUUCGAAAAUACCCCCAGCGGAUCAGCGAGAACAUGCACUGCGCGCUCGUCACGAUCCCACGGAAGAUCGCAUAUCUCCUGCACCAGAAACCCGCAUACAUCUCGCCUGCAGUAGAGGCUUUCUACACACGGGACCCAAUUGCCCUCCGGCCCCUUAAGGCCAAGGGUACCAGCAAUUUGACAUUUCCGCCCGAAGACCUUGUCACUGUUAGUGCCAAAUUCACAAGAGUGGGCUAUGCACAAUUGAAAAGCCAAGAUUUUCCGGCCCCUCAGGCUUGGAUUGGGAAGCUUCCAUCCAAGACUGACCGCAAAGCAUAUGCCCGAGCAGAAACGGGAAUGAAAGUCACUUGCGGUUUCGAGAUGUUUGUUUCUGAUCCACAGAAUCAGGAUAAAGCUGCGGUGCGGGAAAUAAAGAUGCUUCUUGAAGACAUUGAUACCGGGGAUGAGAAGCUGCCAACGGACGAAGAAAUCAAAUCCUGGGACCAUCGAGAAGAUGAUGAGAAAUGGCUGGACAUCAGUUACGAUGAUCUCGAGUCAGAGCUGAGAGGAAAGGCAAGGGACAGAUCCGCUAAACCGGGAGCCUUCGGAGAUCAGAACGCGCAGGAGAAUCUUCGGCGGAUUGUUGCCCGUUUCGAGGAGUUUCUAAAUGACGAUUCUGCAGACAUUGAAGGAGCACAUUUCCUUGGCGAGUCAGACACGGAUGACGGAGACGAUGAUGACGAAUUGAGUAGUGAUGGUGAGGACAAAGAUUUAGGAUUUCAUGAGGGGCCACGACCAAGUGGCAGAGUGGAAGAGUUGGACUCUGAGUCGGAAGAGGAUGAUAGUCAGCAGAUUGAAGAAUUGGCGAGGCAAAUGGAAGCGGAGCUCAGACCGACCGGUGUCCUAGACCUGAAUGACCGCUCUGCAGACAAAUCAGCAGGCAAAGGGAAAUCAGUGAAAGGCAAGGCUCCCAUGCGGACGAAUGAGGGCCCCGAUCAAGACGAUAAUUCGGAAAGCGAAGUUGAUGACGCGGAAGCGGACGAAGAUAUCAAUGUCAAUCUGGCUAAGAAUCUUCUUGAGAGCCUUCAGAGUCAGGCUGGUAUGCCGGGGCCUGGCGGAAAUCUCAUCGGUAUUAUGGGCAUGAAAAUGCCUCGAGACGACCGAGGAUGA